AUGAAUAAAACACACAAAACAGUGAAUUCUAUAACAAACGCCUGGUCGAUAACUUCUAAACCAUCAGUAUCAACUAAAAAACGUGAACGAGCUGGUUCAGUUAUUAAAGAAUUCAGUUUGAACACAACAGCACAUGGUAUACCAAGUAUUGCUCGUAGUCAUAGUACUCAUAAUCGUGUAUUUUGGAUUCUAUCAUCAUUAGUUUUUCUUGGUGCAAUGAUAUAUUUUGUUACUGAAUCAAUUACUGCAUAUUUUCAAUAUUCAACACAAACGUCUGUAACAGUUAUUGUUGAAUGGCCUCAAGCUUUUCCUGCAGUAACAAUUUGUAAUUAUUCUCCAUUACGAUAUGAUCGAUUUAUAAGUCCUUUUUUAAACUAUACAAAUGCACGUAAUAUAACAAAUACAACUAAUACAACUAUUUUCACUACGACACAAGCUUCCUAUAUUCAAGAAUUUCUACUUUAUAAACUCAAUCAAAAUGAAUCUUUAAAUGAUUAUUUUUAUUCACUUGAAUCAAUAAUGAUGUCUUGUAAUUAUAAUAAUAUGCCAUGUACAACAACUAAUUUCACUUGGUUUAUGUCAUCACUAUAUGGUCUUUGCUAUACAUUCAAUGCUCUAUUAAAAUCUACUGGUCAAGCAGGUUUAAAAUACAAUGCUGAUAAUGGAGCUAGUGGUCUUCUUGAAUUGAGUUUCUAUGUACAUCAACAUCAAUAUGUACCAUAUUUAUCAAAUGGCAUUGGUAUGGUAACAUUAGUACAUGACAAUGUACAGAUGCCCAUUAUUGAGAUGACAGCAAUGCUACUUAGUUCUGGAAAACAUCAUAAAUUAGGAUAUGCAAAAAAGACUAAUUUAUUUUUACCAGCACCUUAUACACCAUGCAACGAUAAAGUUGAUCCUGGAAUGCAAGCGAUGUUUAAUCAAUAUAAUAAUGCUGAUUAUGCAUAUGCACAACUUCCAUGUUAUUUUGCUUGUAUGCAAGCAUAUACUUACAAAAAAUGUGGUUGUGGAAAUCCUUAUCGCUGGUCUGGUCGCACAAUUGUACUUCCUAAUACUAAUACACCAAUUAAUAUAGAACUUUGUGAUUUUGCAAAUCCAUGUUAUGGUGCAGCAGCAACAGAAAUUAUGAACACACAAAGUAUUUGGACUACUUAUUGUCCUGAUUGUACACUAGAGUGCACAUACUCUGAGUUUAUUGUUAAAUCAACCUCAGUCUUAGCACCACCUUCCUACAUGAUAGAUGAUAUUAAACAAUUUGUUAAAUCAUCACAAGUACCAUUACCUAAAGACUGGAAUACAUCCUAUGUGUCUGAGAUUCAAUCCAGUUUUGUUUCUUUAGAAGUUGCCUAUGAAACAACUCGAACAGAAGUUUAUUCACAACAACCAACAAUGUAUGCAGUUGAUGUGAUUUCUAAUGUUGGUGGACAAACUGGUCUUUGGAUUGGUAUUAGUUUUCUUUCGUUGAUGGAACUUGCUGAAAUGAUCUAUCGACUUUUACGUUCUCAAUGUCAUCGUCUUUGGACAAGAACAUGA